AUGAAAUUCACCCAAGCGGAUUGGGAACAGCAUGUUGCGAACAAUCACGUGCCGUACCGCCGUGAUUGUGCAGUUUGCGUGCACGGUGCCGGAAACGGCCGCCGCCACCACGGUGUAGUUCACCCGGAUGUGUAUUGCAUGUCAGCCGACAUUGCGGGGCCCAUCCGUGUGAAGGGCAAAGACCCAGAAAGCCGCAACCACCGACCAGCCACGUUCAAGUACUUCCUCGCUGUGUCGUACCGCUUCCCACGGCUCAGAGGAGUGAAGGAGGAGUCAGACCCCAGCCAAACCGAGGGGUUUGAUGAUGCAGCACUCCUCCCGGGAGGGACGGAUGACCUUGCAGAUGAGGCCUUUCCCGCAGCAGAAGGCCCCCCGUGCGAAGAUUACGAGGACUCCCUGUACGAGCCAAGUUUAGCGGAAGAAGAGGAGGAGGCGGAAGGUGAAGGAGUUGAAGGGCCUAGGGAGUUUGCAGCCAAAGUUGCCGAGGAGCAUCCCUGGGAGUCAGCCAGGUGUGAACUCGAAACACCGCCUGACAUGGCGAGGGUUCGCGGCAAGCGGUCUGCUGGUGUGAGACUUGACGACGUCUUUGCACGUGACCCGCCGCCUCCCUUGCCGCCGCCAGCAGGAGCUCCACACCCGGAAGGGCCUGUGUCACCGGUUGAGGAGGAGUCUGCCCGUGUAGCGCGCUUGAGUCUGCAAGACCUUGAAGGUUUAGCUACGGAGCUUAUCGAGGACGACUGGGACCUUGAUGAAGCGUUGUGGGUGCUAGCCGAAGUGUGCAGAGCAGCGCCCCAGCUGCAACACAAAGCUGGGUUGUACCGUCACGGAGGUGUCGUAGGAGUUUUAGGGGGUACCACAGAUAAGCCUUGGCUGACAGAGCUUAUGAAUAUGGUGUUUUCGGCAGUUGCACCCACAGCAGAGUACACCUCGCUUUGGUUGUCUAACUCCACUGUUCAACCCGUGCACGCCGACCACCACAACCUGCAGGGAUCCACAAAUGUAGUCCUCCCUUUGAAGCUCCCGCCUAACGGAGGGGAUUUGUGGAUAGAACUCAAGCCUGGUGACCUAGUCAGUGGCCCUGUAGAGGAGCGGGUAGACGGCAAAGGCAGGCGCUGGUUAGGGACAACUCACAAGUUAGAGCGCGGUAAGCCCUUCUUCCUAGACCCUACUCGCCGCCACGCCACCACUCCCUGGAAGGGUGAGAGAGCAGUGCUUGUCGGCUACACUGUCAACACGUUAGGCAAAGAGCUUGAGCACGAGUUUCAAAGCCUUGAAGCUUUAGGUUUUCCACUCCCAGCGUCGGUACGUUUACCGCUGACUGAGCAGCAAGACGUGAGACGUCUAGACGCGUUUGACUGCUUCGAAGAAGAGCCCCUUCAGGAGACAAAGGCACGUCACCCUGACGGGAAGACUUCUGAGUUAGCGCCUGGGACUGUGCUUAAAGGCGGAGGUUGGAAAGAAACCCAAGCCGUAGAAGCAGGUACUGUAGAGCUGGAGGUGUCGUGGAACCUGAAACACUCGCCGGACCACAGGCGAACCCAGUCUGAGCACGCCCUGCUGGCUUGCCAACCAGACACCGAGACACAGGUUGAGGAGGAGGAGAGCUCAAGCGAAGACUCCUUGCCGGAGCAACCAGUGCUGUGGGAGUUGUGGGUUCCAGACCCGCAGACAGGUGAGCAGCUGUGUGUUUUCAGGUCUGACGACUCGGACGCGAGUGAAGCUUGCGCCCUUUGCAAGUCUGAGCCGGUUUACACUACCAACGUGGAGCUGUUGCUUGACGGGUUGCAAGAACCACUGCAGGUAGUCCACACUGUAGACCCUCGGGAUGCAGAGCAAUGCAUCGAGAAGUGGAUGCCGUCCAUUCACAAAGAGAUCGGUGUCAUUGAGAAGGCUGUGCGGCGACUGCCCCCUGCAGAGGGUGACGCUGCCCUCGCUACCCGGAAGGGUCAAGCUUACCACAAACGCAAGGCUCGCUUGGUCGCUUGUGGCAACCACGCCUACAGUGAAACUCAAGCUGUGGGCACUGGGACCGUGGCGCAGCAAGACCUGCAGCUGAGUGCCUUCGCUGUCUUGCUCGCCUUCUUUCAGGUCGUAGGUGCUGCCAGCCAGACAACGGACGAGGAAGAAGACUUGUCUCUCCCCGUGUCGCUUGAUGCAGAUUUGAUGUUGGCAGUAUCCAUCAUCUGCAUUGGUAUCUGCUUCAUUGCAGUGUGGGAGUUCUUCAAGCGGCGCGCAAGUUACAGCGCCUUCGAGAUCAAACUGCGCGUGCCAUCCAGGCCGAGAUCUCUGCACGUGAGGAAGCAGCAAGCUCGCAGUUUGUUGAGUUUCAAGUGUGCCAGCAGUGCCACGGCACCACUGCAGACCACACCCAGCACAGCACAGGGUAGGAACUACUCCACCCUAACGGGUUGGAUCUCUCAGUGA